GGGAGCAGAAACGAUAGAGGGCUAUAGCCAGCCAACCGCGGCCCAAAUUCCCAACCUCUCGCCGCCGCCGCCGCCGCCGUCGUCCCUCUUCUCCGGCGUCGUUCGUCCGCUGUCCUCGGUUCUCCUCGUGUCUUCAUCAACAAUCAAGAUGAGUCGUGGUGGGAGCGCUGGUGGUGGCCAAAGUUCUCUUGGUUACCUCUUUGGAGGCGGCGAACCUCCUAAACCAGCAGUUGCAACAGCAGCACCAGCUGCAGCUGCACCACCAGUACCAGCUGAAGCUCUACCAGCAGCAGGCGUUCCUACUGAGAAAGCGUCGCCAGUAAAGGGCGAGGUCUCCAAGCAGAUUCCAGCUGGUAUUCCAGGCAGCCAAACCAAUAACUACCAGCGAGCUGAUGGCCAGAACACUGGCAACUUCCUUACGGACCGUCCUUCAACCAAGGUCCAUGCUGCUCCUGGCGGCGGCUCCUCCCUGGGCUACCUGUUUGGUGGAAACUGAUGUGGAUCCUGGCGUGCUGUAGCACCAGAUGCAGAAGAAAGUGGCAGUUAUCCGUGUCAUUUGAGUUGUGAACUCCCACCUGUUUAUCCCUUGAUGCGUUUAUUGUGCGUAUGAUAUCUAUUGUCGGCAAGCCUCCUGCCUGGGACCCCACAGCCUGUUGCUUAUAUGCCUGAAUCUGCCUUGUUGUGUUCGCAACAUGCCUGUCGGUCGAUCGUGUUACUCGUUCGUUUCUUGAAUGAUUAGCUGGUUCUUAUUGAUUGGAUA